UUAGUUCAUUUCUUAUUGGAGAAGAAUGGACAGUAUUCUUGCUUGUCUUGAAUGAUCACCAACAAAGAAGAGAGAAUCUAGUUUCGUAUUGCUUGCUUUUGGGUCAUGUUAUUGGUUCUAAAUGACAUUCAUGUUAUUGGAUUCCCAAUUUUAGUGGUCUAAUUUUUCUUGUUGUUCUAAUCAUAAUCUGCUCUCUUGUCUCAAGAUUCCUGACUCUUCCUACCAAAAUGAAUCCAGUCAAUAAACUAUUCGACGAGCUGUAUGCUGGUGUUAAAGAGCUGAUAAAAAAGAAUAUCAUAUUUGAUCCCACACUCAAAGCCAUCAAAUCCAAGCUAGACUCUCUAAAACCAGUGAUCCCAAAGAUAGCAGAAUGCAAUGACGCACUGGAUAUCCCAAAGGAGGAACUAGAAGGUCUAGAAGAAGUAAUGAAGGAUGGCAUGGAGCUUGUUCUCAAGUGCUCAAAGAUCCACCCUGGAAACUACUACAAACGGUACAAAUAUGCCAACAAACUCCUUGAAUGGGAUGAAUCUCUCCAAGGAGUGUUGAGUAUGCUGAAUGUGCAGAGCAACAGGGAUGUCAAGACAAUCGCAGUUGCGGUAGGACAUAUAGAGGCUGAAGUGGGGAAUGUGAAGACAGAAGUAGGGAGUAUAAAGGCGGUGAUCAACGAAGUGAAAGAGAGUUUUAUGAUACAGAAUCACUCUGCAGUGGUACCUAAAGCUUGGUGUGCAUUACCUGAACUUCCAGAGUUUCCUGUUGGAAUUGAUGAGCCUUUGAGUGAACUGAAGAUGAAGCUUCUUAAGAAUGGGGUGUCGAGGCUGGUGCUGACUGCUCCUGGAGGAUGUGGCAAGACUACUUUAGCAACCAAAUUCUGUCAAGAUAAGCAAGUCAAAGAUAAAUUCAAGGAAAAUAUCUUCUUCAUUACCAUCUCAAAGAGACCAAACUUGGACCUUGUUGUUCAAGAACUGCGUCAAUCAAGUAUGGGUUCCCAGGUUCCCACUUUUGAAAGUGAAGUAAUUGCAGUUAGGUGGCUGCAAGAGUUUCUGAAGGGAACAGGAGAGAAUCCUUUGUUGUUGGUCCUCGAUGAUGUUUGGCCUGGAUCAGAAUCUCUCCUUCAAAAGUUUGAUGAAUUGAAAAUGCCAAAUUACAAAAUUUUGGUGACAUCAAGAUAUGAGUUCCCAGGAUUCGGUUCACCACAUAUACUAGAACCACUGAAUUAUGUAGAUGCAAUGGCCCUUUUCCACGAUUCAGCUUCCCUAGGAGAUAAGAGCUCUUAUGUUCCAAAAGAUCUUCCAAGAAAGAUAGUAGAGUGUUGUAAAGGAUUUCCACUUGCCAUUACAGUGGUUGGAAGAUCACUUUGUGAGAAACCUACAGAGUUCUGGCUUAAAAGAGUAAGGGCACUGUCUAAAGGUGCUUCUGUUCUUGAUUCUUCAACUGACCUGCUCAUAUGCCUUCAAAGUAGCUUACAUGCUUUGGAUGAAGAAGAUACCAUCCUGAAGGAUUGUUUCUUGGACCUGGGCUCAUUUCCUGAAGGCAAGAGAAUCCCUGCUUCUGCUCUAAUUGAUAUAUGGGCAGAGUUAUAUGAGUUAAAUGAAGAUUUCCUGUCCAUUUCAAAUCUCCAAGAGCUUGCCACUCGAAGUCUAGUUAAUCUUAUAGUUACGAGGAAGGAGAGGAUGGAGGUGGAUGGGUACUACAGUGAACACUUUGUCACCCAGCAUGAUUUGCUUAGACAGCUCGCCAUCUAUGAAACGAAACUAGAUCCAAACAAAAGAAGAUUGAUUAUAGACAAAUGGGGAGACAAUCUACCCAAGUGCUUGACUGAACAGAGGCAUCAACCCAUCAAGACUCGACUAUUAUCAAUCUCCUCUGAUGGAGUGUUCUCAACAACUUUGAACAACAUUCAACUAUCAGAGGUUGAGGUUCUAGUUUUAAACUUCAGCACAGACAUCUAUGCUUUACCUGAAUUUGUGGCGGAAAUGGAAAACUUGAAGGUUCUAAUAGUCACAAAUCAUGGUUCCUUACCAGCCAAAUUGAGUAAUUUUCAACUACUGGAUUCUUUACCAAAUCUGAAGAGAAUCAGACUAGAGCGAAUUUCAAUUCCUUCCAUAGCCAAGAAUCCUGUAAACGUGAAGAGUCUAAAGAAGAUAUCCUUAUUCAUGUGUAGCAUUGGUCAAGUUUUCAGCAACUCUUCCUUCCGAAUUUCGUAUGCAUUUCCAAAUCUAGAGGAAUUGAACAUUGACUAUUGCAGUGACUUGGUGGAAUUGCCUGUUGAUCUCUGUGAUCUGAUUGAGCUAAGGAAGCUCAGUAUCACCCACUGUCAUAGCUUAUCUGCCUUGCCUGAUGAGAUUGGGAAGCUGAUCAAAUUGGAAGUCUUGAGGCUAAAGUCUUGUACUGACUUAAAAACAUUUCCGGCCUCAAUUAAGGACCUUGAAAAGUUAAACUUUCUCGACAUAUCUGAUUGUUUCAGCAUUAAGGAGUUGCCUGACAACAUUGGUGAAAUAAGCACUUUGGAAAAGAUCAAUAUGAGACAGUGCUCUAGAGUGCAAGAUCUACCUCUAUCAGUUAUGGAUCUUAAGAAACUGAAGGAGGUGAUAUGUGAUGAGGAGAAAGAAGAAUCAUGGGCACUUUUCGGGCUGGACAUACAAAUAAGGGUACUCAAAGAAGAGUUCAACUUGAAUUGGCUGCUAAAGCUUCAAUAUUGAGAACUGUCUCCCUCUCAUAUGUUGAAGCAAUGUCUUGUGUGAUUGUUUGUUUCAUUUUUCAUUUCCUCCUUUUUCUUCUCUUGUUGGAUCUUUCUUCUGUUUUUGUAAUAGAAUAUAUGUAUUGUUCUCGAAAA